AUGGGCAAACUCAUCCCCAAUGCCUUCAACCUGGGCGUCGUUAUCUUCGUCGCCCUCGGCUCGACGGCUUGUUCCUAUGGUAUGGCUAUUAUUGGCAGCACCAUCGGUCAGCCCUCGUUCUACACGUCUCUCGACCUCGCUCCUCAAGGCGAGGAUGGCUACUCGCGCACCGCCGAGUACAUUGGUGCUUUUAACGGCAUGUUCUACCUCUCCAGCGUCAACGCCGCCGGUUCUGCCAUCGGUGCCUGUGUCUGCGCCUACGCGGCCGACAAGUACUCCCGCAAGCGCACCAUCCAGUUUGCUGCCAUGGUCCUGAUCCUCGGUGCCGCCCUGUGCGCCGGCGCCAUCAACAACGGCAUGUUCAUGGCGGGCCGCAUCAUCAACGGCCUCGGCAUUGGUGCUCUCGUGACCGCGAUCCCUAUGUACCAGGCCGAAGUCUCGACGCCAGAGUCCCGUGGCUUCAUGGUCUCGAUGCACGGCGUCAUGUUCGCCAUGGGCUAUACCCUCUCAGCUUGGCUUGGUUUCGGCGUAUACUUCAUCUCGGCCUCGGGCUCGACGUCGUCGUUCCCCUGGCGGUUCCCCAUCGCGUUCCAGAUGGUGCCCGCCAUCAUGCUGCUCGCGGGCUCCCCUUUCCUGCCCUUCUCCCCCCGCUGGCUCAUGAUGCAGGACCGCUUCGACGAGGCGCACGAGGUCCUCAAGCGGUUGCACCGGACCAAGGGCGACGAGCACGACUCCAUGGCCCGCAAGGAGUUCUACCAGAUGAAAAAGCAGGUCGAGCUGGAUCGUCAGAUCAGGGCUACGACUUCGCGCUUCGAGAUCUUCAAGACGGCCCCGAACCGUCGUCGUGCCCUCGUGGGGUUCGUGCUCAUGUGGAACAACCAGUUCACCGGCGUCUUGAUCAUCGCCAACUACGGCGUCAUCCUCUACGUCACCCUCGGCAUGACAGGCUUCAUCCCCCUCCUCCUCACGUCGCUCUGGGUGACCUCGACCUUCCCCGGCAACAUCUUCUGCGCCUUCUUCAUCGAGCGCUACGGCCGGCGCAAAUUCAUGCUCAUCGGCCUCACGGGAAUCCUCGUGUGCCUGGUGUGCGAAGCCGCGCUGCAAGCCUCGUUCGUGGGCACCAACAACAAAGCGGGCCAGAACGCAGCCAUCUUUUUCAUCUUCCUGUUCAUCACGCCCUUCUGGUCCACGUUCAUGGACGCCUCCCAGUUCCUGUACGUGGCCGAGAUCUUCCCGACGCACAUCCGCAGCCAGGGCACCGCCGUCAGCAUGGUGGGUCUGUACCUGGCGGACAUCAUCAUCCUGGUGGCGGGCCCCAUCGCGCUCAACAACAUCGGCUGGAAGUUUUUCCUGGUCUUGAUCAUCCCAACCUUCUUCCACAUUAUCUUCGUCUACUUUAUGUGUCCCGAGACCAAGGGCAGGAGUCUGGAGGACAUCAACGCGCAGUUUGGCGAGCAGGUCGCCAUUCGAUUCUUUGGCGCGAGUGAGGAGGAGAAGAACGAGUUGGAGAAAGCGGCUGAGAGGGAUGAGAUUGAGGAGAUAAGCGGGAAGAGGGCUAGUAUGGAGGGACGGGGUGGGGAGGGCGACAAGGUGGGGCGCAGUGUGGAGGUUGAGGCUGUUACGACCAAAAUGGCGUGA